CUACGCUAGAAGCGGUGGCGCGUCAUCCGUCUGCCCUCUCAAUCAACGUGAAUCUCGCACAUCCAACCUUCAACGCAGACGAGCAACACAACUUGGAGCGGUCGUCAACGACACUUGCCCUCGAAAAUCAAGCCGGGUUCACAACGCCACUUACACGACGAACCACAACCAUAACGCGUCGGGGCCGAACAAGCCGCAAUGCCUGAGAUCGCUGAAGUGGCUCGGGUCACCCACUACCUGCGGCAGCACCUCACGGGCAAGACAAUCGGCAACGUGAUUGCCGCCGAUGACGCCAACGUCUUUGGAAAAGUUGGCACCAGCGGCGCCGAGUUCGAGAGAGCUCUCAAGGGCCGCAAGGUCGUCACCGCUGGCAGCCAGGGCAAGUACUUUUGGCUCGUCAUGGACCAGCCACCACAUCCCGUUAUGCACCUGGGCAUGACCGGCUGGGUCCAUAUUAGGGGCGAGCAGACGGCCUACACGCGCUACGCCGAGCGGCACAAGGACGGAGAAGAGGUGUGGCCUCCAAAGUACACCAAAUUCCAGCUCGAGACCGCAGGGGCACCCAGCGUCGAGGUCGCCUUCACAGAUGCUCGCCGCUUUUCCCGGAUACGCCUGGUCAACUGCCCUGGUGCGGAUAUCCGCAAGCACUCCCCCUUGGUCGAGAAUGGACCAGAUCCUGUUGUUGACAAGGACAGGUUCACCGAGGAGUAUCUGCGCAGCAAGAUGAAGAGCAGACAUGUGCCCAUCAAGGCCCUCCUGCUCGACCAGGCCAUGAUCAGUGGCAUCGGCAACUGGGUUGGUGACGAGAUCAUGUAUCAAGCCAAGCUACAUCCGGAGCAGUAUAGCGAUGACUUUGACGAUGCCGACAUCACGACACUCUACAAUGCGGUCAAAUAUGUCUGCGAUACUGCAGUGGAGAAGCUCGGAGACUCGGACCAGUUCCCGCCGGACUGGCUCUUCAAUCACCGCUGGGGCAAGGGCAAGAAGGACUCCGCCAAAACCUUGCCGAAUGGUGAGAAGCUGAUAUUCAUCACCGUGGGAGGAAGGACGAGCUGCGUUGUCCCCGGAGUCCAGAAGAAAAAGGGUAGGACGACCUUGGACUCGGCCGGUGGCACUCCGGUCGCCAAGGAGGAAGCGAAGGAAAGCCACUAUUUCGAGGACAAGAAGGACAUUGCGGAGAAGCCAGCUAAAAGAGCAAGGAUUGCAAUGACGGAGAAGGAGGGCGCAAAGGACUCUAAGAAGACUCCCAAGGUUCCGAAGGGAUCUUCAGAGCCAAUCAAAAAGGAGAAAGUGAAGAAGGAAGCUGUCGAGGAGAAGUCCGCGGGAGACGUGCCUGCUCUUGGCCGAAGGCGAUCUACACGUCUCUUGAGCGGUGUCUAGUCCCUCCCUAUGGCACUGACUUCAGCGUCUUGUCCUUUGGGUUCAAUCCCGUAUAUACCCGACCGGCCUUCGUAUACCGCUCCAAGCAAUUG